GCGCCGGACCCAACGAGGACGGCCGUGGUGAAGAGGCUCGGGUGGACCUGCGCGGUGUACCUGCCGCGGACGCCGAUGGGUCGACCUCGGUGCCGGACGCAGCGAGGACGGCCUUGGUGAAGAGGCCCGGGUGGACCUGCGAGCGCCGCCGGAGGCAGUGGGGAAGGCAGCGACUGCAGCGUUCUUGAUGGUGGACCUGGCCAUGACGGCGCCGAGGACGAGGAGGCACCCGCCGGUGGCGAGCAGGAGGCUCCGGAGGUCGUGCCGAAGCGCCCGGAUGAGGUCCCAGUAUGCGGCGGUUUCUGGGCCAGUGCGAUUGAUGGCGUCCGUGUUGAGCAGCGCGGCGACGGCAAGCAGCUGCACGGCGAGGGCGUUGCCGGGGAGCAGCGCCGCGGCGAGCGCGGCUGUGAGGGCGAGGAGCGGCUCAAAGGGGCUGGAGGACGAGCUCGGAGCUGGACGCGUCCGCCGUCCAGGGAGCUCGAGGAGGAACAUGCUGCCGGCGCGGCCACGGCGGCAGGGUGGGGAAGCGGUGCCGGAGUUGCAGCCUUGGGCUGGGCCGCCACGUCGACGGGGGCCGCAGCCGGGGCGGGGCCUGGGAUGGGUGGUUGCCGUGUGGCGAAGAAGAGGCAGUUGAGGUCAGAGUCAGCGAACGGAGGGUCCCCUAUACGGUAGUGCGGCAGCCGGGAUCUAGCUGUGCGGAGGCGCCGGGGCCGGAGGCAUCGGCGGCGCCUGGCGCGGCAGGAGCUGCAUCGGCGGCGGUGGCAGGUGAUGGUGCCUCUGCUGCUGCUGGUCCACCUGCUGCGCGAUGGCCAUGAGAUUGCCACUGUCCGCACACAUGUACGCCAUGGCGUCCCUACGCAGCACAGGCAUGGUGAGGACGGCAAGGAGAAGGGAGUGCAGUUGACGACGUUAAAACGCAGCGUGACAGAAUGCUAUAUAAGAGAACGUUCUGUCUUUUGAUGAUAUUUUUUUUGACGGAGAUCUUUCGAUGGUAUUUUUCGGAAACGGUGUUCUUUCGAUGCUAUGUACCCAAUUUUCCCUUUCGUUAACCUGCUUGGACCACGCUAAGUGCGGCGGGACGAAGGGGGACUACGGGUAUGUCUCCUCCGUCCUAGCGUCCUUUUUCCCACUCGCUGUUGCCCUGCCGCCAUUCCCGAUCGAUCGAGAGGGAGUGCGUCGAAGAGGAGAGGCCCAGCCGCGGUCGGAGAUGGGAGGCGCGGCUGCGGGGACCAAGUGGAUCCACCACAUCAAGCGCCUCAGCGCGACCAAGGUGUCGGCGGAGGUGGUGGAAAUGGGGCAGAGCCGGGUCAUCGACGCCUCCCUCACGCUCAUCCGCGAGCGGGCAAAGCUCAAGGCAGAGUUGCUGCGUGCUCUGGGUGGCGUGAAAGCUUCAGCUUCACUUUUAGGGGUUCCUCUUGGUCACAACUCAUCCUUUCUACAAGGCCCUGCAUUUGCUCCUCCACGCAUAAGGGAGGCCAUUUGGUGUGGAAGCACAAACUCUAGCACAGAAGAAGGCAAAGAAUUGAAUGAUCCUCGGGUGCUAACUGAUGUUGGUGAUGUCCCCAUUCAAGAGAUCCGUGACUGUGGUGUCGAAGAUGGUAGAUUGAUGCAUGUAAUUAGUGAGUCUGUCAAAACAGUGAUAGAGGAGGAGCCUCUUCGACCAUUGGUGUUAGGAGGCGAUCACUCAAUAUCCUAUCCAGUGGUUAGAGCUGUGUCUGAAAAGCUUGGUGGACCUGUUGACAUUCUUCAUCUUGACGCACAUCCAGAUAUCUAUGAUUGUUUCGAAGGAAACACUUAUUCACAUGCCUCUUCAUUUGCCAGAAUAAUGGAAGGUGGUUAUGCCAGGAGACUUCUACAGGUUGGAUUAAGAUCGAUUACGAAAGAAGGACGUGACCAAGGGAAGAGAUUUGGUGUGGAACAGUAUGAGAUGCGGACCUUCUCAAAGGACCGCGAGAAGCUUGAGAAUCUGAAACUUGGGGAAGGCGUAAAAGGAGUGUAUAUCUCAGUUGAUGUGGACUGCCUUGACCCGGCGUUUGCUCCUGGUGUCUCCCACAUUGAGCCCGGGGGUCUCUCAUUUCGCGACGUGCUCAACAUCCUCCAGAAUCUGCAGGGCGAUGUUGUUGGCGCUGAUGUGGUGGAGUUCAACCCGCAGCGCGACACAGUGGAUGGGAUGACAGCUAUGGUUGCCGCGAAGCUGGUCCGGGAGCUCACUGCUAAAAUCUCCAAGUGAACCAAUGACUUUUUUUUUUGAAUAAAAGUGAACCAAUGACUGAAAGUGGAUUGUGCUAGCUAUCGGUUUUCGCUACUGUGGAUGAGCCAUGGAGGAUUUGACAUGUGACAUGUGACAAGGAUAUGUUAAUUAGGUUGCAUGUAAUACGGGAAAGCUUCCCCCAUCUAAAAAAAUAAUUUAAAAGUUCUCUCAAUGUAGCAUGGGCUAGAUUCUUGGUGGUGUGCUA